AUGAGAUUCCCAGACUGCUGCCUCGGCCUAUCCAGCACCCUCAUCUCAACUCUAUCCGGACUCCUCCCCCAAACCCCCAAAUUCACACUCUCAAUCGGCAGCGGGUCGGGACUACUGGAGUCUCUUCUCACGCAUAGCAAUGCCAACAUCACCGUGCAGGGUGUGGAGGUAAACUCGUCCGUCAACCGGUACAUCGCAGAGGAAGAUAUGCAUGUCGUUGGUGGGGGGUGGGGUCUUUGUCCUGACGCCGAACGGGCUGCGGCCUGGAUGUUUGUGUAUCCGCGAGAUCCGAAACUUAUCACAAAGUACCUUGAUAGUAAUCUUGGUCGUGGAAGUGUUGAGAUGAUUUUGUGGUUGGGGCCGAGGGUCGAUUGGGUGGAUUAUGAAGAUCGAUUUCGGCAAUCUUCGUUUUCGGAAAUGACUUUCUUGCCAGAAGACUGUGGAUUAACACCAUAUGAGAUUGUUGUUGUUGCUAGAAAGUUAUGA